AUGUGCAGCCUUCUAGACGAUCCUAGUGAGUGGAAGUUGAGCGGUGGUACAACUAACGGUAACGAAUUAUCCAUCUCUUUAAAUUAUUCUCGGUUCGAAGUUCUCAUUCCUUUAAAUCAGGUUCUUAAGUUUUAUUUAACUCAAAACCAAAACGUUCAUUUAGAAUUAAAAAAGAAUUUUACAAGAUAUUAUUAUCGCACCGAUAGAGGAACUCAUGUUUCAAUGCAAGCGGACCCUACAAACGGUAAAUUUCAAGAUGCACAUUCUUUUAUCUUUAUUCCAGCUGAUUGGGUUGAUAUCAACACCUUAAAGUUUUUCGUGGAGGGUGUUAACGAACUCCUCACACACAAGGUACAUUCCAAUUCAAAUAAUCAUCGUUUCUCAGAUAUAAACUCUCUUGUCUACAUUGGAGAUGAAAAGGAUCAAAUCAAAUCGUUUCAAAACCUUUGUAACGAAAAUGAGUUGCAAAUGAGAUGUAACUUCUUGAGCGGAUCAAGAAUUCUUCGUGUUUUAAAAGAAACACCAUUCCAAGAAGUUCUUAAAAUGAUUCGAGAAUGUUUUAAUGUCGUUAUCGAUCCUAACGUAAUAACGUAUAAAAAUCAAACAAAAGACAUGAUUAAUAUAUUGGAUGAAGAAGAUUGGAAUGCUGCUAAAUGGGAGUUGAAAAUGGCAAAACUUCAAACGAUCGAUUUAUACUUUUUUCCAUUCGCGUGUAACAUUGAUUGUUUUGUGCCACCCAAAGUUUUGUUAGGAGUAUUUAACGUUGAUACAAGUGCUGAAAAUUGA